AUGCUGAUCAACCUUGCCUCCAAGAGUCGGCAUGAAGUUCACGAGCUCCGCCUCAAGCUCAACCAGGAGCUCGAUCAAGUUCGUGCCUUGGUCAAGAGACUUGAGGCUCGUGAGCUUCAGGUAGCCACGUCUGCUGUUCCGGCGUCAAUUGCAGGAUACAGCCAGUCUCAGCUUUCCGCCAACAAUGCUUAUCAUACUGUGGGCACGAAGAGACCUGCGACUAAUUCCGAGGCUGUAUCUGCUGCCUCCCUGCGCCGGCAGCUCAGUGUCUCAAUUGCUGCGACACAGGUGGAAAACAACAGUGUAAGCGAGGUUGUGGAGAAAGAGAAGAGAACGCCAAAGGCCAAUCAGUAUUACAGGAACUCUGACUUUCUUCUUGGGAAGGAUAAGUUCCCACCUGCUGAGUCGCAUAAGAAGUCAAAGUCCGGUGGUAAUAAGAAGCACAAUGUGCCUAAAGAAGACAAUAGUGUAUCAUCUACAGGCAAGAAGUAUGCGCAGGCUUUCAAGAAUUGUUCUGCACUGCUGUCAAAGUUGAUGAAGCACAAAUAUGGGUGGGUUUUCAAUACCCCGGUGGAUGUCAAAGGCCUUGGCCUGCAUGACUAUUAUACCAUCAUCAAACAUCCAAUGGACCUUGGGACUGUUAAGGCUCGAUUGGACAAAAGCUUGUAUAAGUCUCCAAGAGAGUUUGCCGAGGAUGUUAGACUUACCUUCCAGAAUGCGAUGACUUACAAUCCGAAGGGUCAAGAUGUUCACGUAAUGGCAGAGCAACUCUCCAGAGUAUUUGAGGAUCGCUGGCCUACUAUAGAAGCCGAGUAUGCAGUUGUACCUUAUCCAAUGCCUAGUAAGACAACACCACAGCCUCUUGAUAUGAGGGUCUUGGAGAGGUCUGGAUCCACAACACACCCUCUAGUGCCGGAGAUUAGUCCAAAACCUCUGAGUUAUAAACCCCAAGUGGUUCGUGCCCCUGCAAUGAAGAAACCGAAGGCAAAGGACCCAAACAAGAGGGAUAUGACAUAUGAGGAGAAGCAGAAGCUGAGCAAUAACUUGCAGAGCCUCCCUUCAGAGAAGCUGGACAGCAUUGUCCAAAUUAUCAAGAAGAGGACCACAUCUUUAAGCCAGCAUGAUGAUGAAAUUGAAGUGGACAUUGACAGUGUUGAUAAUGAAACUCUUUGGGAACUUGACAGAUUUGUAACCAAUUAUAAGAAGAGUUUGAGCAAGAACAAGAGAAAGGCAGAACUUGCUAUUUUAGCCAGGAUGGAGUCACUAAAAAACGUCCCAGACAGGGUAUGCUUAUUUCAUUAA